CAGCCGCAGCCGCAAAAUGUAUUGUAAGGAAGCCGACGCCGAAGCUGCGACCGACUCGCACAUGUGAUUGAUUAAAGGCAUGCGAAGUGCGAGCUCCGCGAUAAACGCAGCGGACAGAUAGAAGCGACUACUCGUCGCAGCGGACGCCUUUAGGUCGUUAUCCUCUUUUCAAGCGCACGCUGUUCGCGCUGCAUUAACUUUUAUUUCGUAUGAGCGGCGUUCGUGUGGGUACCCAAUUAGCUGCCAAAAUGACUUCCUCAAACUUGAAGUGCAAAAUUGGGCCGUCCAUUCUCAACGCCGACUUGGCGAGCAUAUACGACGAAUCUCAGAAACUGUUGGAUAGCGGAGCGGACUACCUCCACCUGGACGUGAUGGACGGGCAUUUUGUGCCGAACCUUACUUUCGGACAUCCCGUUGUCAAGUGCCUCAAGAGCAAACUGCCCAAAACGUUCUUCGACAUGCACAUGAUGGUGCUCGCACCGGAGCAAUGGGUGUCCCCGAUGGCAGAUGCUGGUGCCGAUCAGUAUACAUUCCACUACGAGGCCACGUCAGAUCCCCUUGGACUUGUGCGCAAGAUUAGGGAAGCUGGCAUGAAGGUUGGAGUGGGCAUCAAGCCAAAGACACCAGUGGAUGUUGUACUUCCUUUGGUGGAACAUGUUGACAUGGUACUUGUGAUGACCGUGGAGCCCGGAUUUGGUGGACAAAGUUUCAUGGCUGAUAUGAUGCCCAAGGUGAAACUUUUGCGCUCUAAGUUUAAAGAAUUGGACAUAGAAGUGGAUGGUGGAGUGGGGCUCAACACAAUUCAGGAGUGUGCUGAGGCUGGUGCUAACAUGAUUGUCUCAGGAACAGCCAUCACAAAGAGCAAGGACCCCAAGCAUGUGAUCACAACUCUGAGACAGUCCGUAGAUAGCAUAAUUAAAACAAAAGCUGCACAUUGAUUGUGUAGCACAUAUUGUGAUAAAAUGCAUUUUUCGGUGCUGCAAUUUUACAGUGAUGUUAAUAAACGUUAUAUAUUUUUAUA